AUGUAUGCGCAGCGCCCCCUGGCCUAUGCGCCGACGCCCUACAGCUAUACCCCUAAUCCUGCUCGGUCGGCAUCCAUCAAUCUCGAUGAGGAAGUCAAGCUAGCCUCCAGCUCCGCGGAUCGCGAUCUCUAUGAGUCUCUGGCCGAGAUCUACAGCAUUAUUGUGACCUUGGAUGGUCUCGAGAAGGCUUAUAUCAAAGAUGUUGUUACCGAAGCAGAGUACACCGAAACGUGUACCCGGUUAUUGAAACAGUACAAGUCCAGUCUUGGUGAUGACAGCGUCGCGCGCGAAUUCGUUGACUUGGAAACCUUCAAGCGUACCUGGGGGGUGAGCGUCUUUCCAUCGUCUGUCUAUAUGCAUAUGUUAAUUGAUCCGCUUGUUCAGUUGGAAUGCCCUCGGGCUACGGAACGCCUUCGGAUCGGACUUCCUGCCACCGUUGAACAGGCUACGCAUGGCACACCCUCUGCUAAGGUGGGCCCCGCGACAUCAGGCCCUACGGGCGGUGCCUCGGGCAGUCUCAUCUUGGCUGCGACGGAGAACUUUAUUACUUUCCUGGACGCGCUGAAAUUGAACAUGGUGUCGAAGGAUGCCCUCCAUCCGCUACUGUCUGAGGUGAUCCAGUCGGUGAAUAAGGUUACCGACGGGGACUUUGAAAACCGGGGCAAAAUCAUCCAGUGGUUGAUUGCAUUGAAUCAAAUGCGUGCGACGGAGGAACUCAGCGAAGAACAGGCUCGGGAGUUGGCUUUCGAUAUGGAACAGGCGUAUCAAGGGUUCAAAUCGACGUUGGAAUGA